AUUAAGUAGACUUUGCGUUGAAUUUCAAAUGUCCUAAACAAACGAAAACCAGAUAAAGCUGAACAACAAGUUUAUUUAUUUAUACAUAUUUGAUUGAUUCAAAUCAAUAACUUUAAAGAUGGACAGUGAAUCAAAUACAACGAUUCCCGAUGACGCGAUGCAUAUCGUGAAAACUGAGUUUAAGUUGUUUAACAUAUUGCCGGAGAUAAAUUUUAAAGAGCGAAUAUUGCGUCGCUGCCACAAAAAGCAGAUAAGCGGAUACAUAAUAUACUCCAAUUAUGGACGUAACGCCUUUGGCGAGAUGGAAGGUGAGCGGAGGGAUAUAAAUAAAAUAAAGGAAUGGAUUCUGGCUUGUUGCAUUCCAACACCCUUUCUCAAUCGAAUUAACUUUUCAUGCUACGAAAUAAGCUUCAAGGUGGAGAGACUUCCCUUUCAGGAGAGACAUACGGUCCCCAAGGAUGCCACAUUCCUAUCAGAUCUAAAAGAGGAUUACUAUGAAAGGGUUAAAGUAGAACCCGAAGAAAAAGUUACCGAUUUGGACGAUCGACACGUUGAAUAUGCCGAGUUCUACAGACAAAAUUCUGAACAAGAAGAAACCAGCGAACCCUAAAACAAUGUCUGUUAUGCUAAUGAUACUUUCACCUAGUGAUUUCUCCCAGUGUAGAUGCGACUCGUGCUGGCCAUUGUUCAACACUAUUUGCGCUACUCAAUCUCUUAAUUAAAUAUGCGACUAAAUGGCAGCUCGGAGGCACUCGAAGAGUGGCCCAGACAUCGUCGUUUAGUGUCGAAAUUGUGCAA